UCCCCCAUCUGCUCGGUGUGCGGGCUGAGCUUCGAUGGAGGACCAACAAGUUAAAUUGACAUUUGUGGCAAGGCGUGGCGGUGCCUGAGCGAGCUGGAGGCCCAUCGGCUGGUGCACACGGGAGAACGUCCCUUCAACUGCAGCAAGAGCUUCACUCACUACAAGUACUUGCAGGGGCACAACAGCAUGCACUCCAGCGAGAGGCCCUUCACCCGCUCCAACUGCAGCAAGAGCUUCACUCACUACAAGUACUUGCAGGGGCACAACAGCAUGCACUCCAGCGAGAGACCCUUCACCUGCUCCAACUGCAGCAUGAGCUUCAAGACGGCGAAUCACCUGAAGAUACACCGGCAGGUGCACACGGGCGAGAAGCCCUAUGGCUGCUCCACCUGCGACAUGAGCUUUGUCCAGUUGUCGGGGCUAAGGCAGCACCUGCUGGUGCACAGCAGUGAGCGGCCCUUCACCUGCUCCGACUGCGGCAAAGGCUUCAAGUCGUCCAAUCACCUGAAGAGGCACAGGCGCCUGCACGCCAGCGAGCGCCCCUACACCUGCAGCGACUGCGGCAAAGAUUUCACCCAGUCCAAAGACCUGCUGUCCCACCGGCGCCUCCACACCGGCGAGCGCCCCUAUCACUGCGACCAAUGCGGCAAGCGCUUCACCCACUCCAGCACCCUGCUGGAGCACCAGCGCACCCACACUGGGGAGCGGCCCUACACCUGCGCCCAGUGCGGCAAGGGCUUCAUCCAGUCCUCUCACCUGCUGGAGCACCAGCGCACCCACACUGGGGAGCGCCCCUACACCUGCACCCAGUGCGGCAAGGGCUUCACCCACUCCAGUCACCUGCUGGAGCAUCAACACACCCAUACCGGCGAGCGCCCCUACACCUGCGCCCAGUGCGGCAAGAGCUUCACCCACUCAAACACCCUGCUGUCCCACAAGCGCACCCACACCGGGGAGCGACCCUACACCUGCACCCAGUGCGACAAGCGAUUCACCCAGUCCAGUCACCUGCUGGAGCACCAGCGCACCCACACAAAGGAGCGCCCCUACGCCUGUGCCCAGUGCGGCAAGAGCUUCACCCACUCAAGCACCCUGCUGUCCCACCAGCGCACCCACACCGGGGAGCGCCCCUACACCUGCGCCCAGUGCGGCAAGAGCUUCACCCACUCAAACACCCUGCUGUCCCACAAGCGCACCCACACCGGGGAGCGACCCUACACCUGCGCCCAGUGCGGCAAGAGCUUCACCCACUCAAACACCCUGCUGUAGCACCAGCGCACCCACACCGGGGAGCGACCCUACACCUGCACCCAGUGCGACAAGCGCUUCACCCAGUCCAGUCACCUGCUGGAGCACCAGCGCACCCACACCAAGGAGCGCCCCUACGCCUGUGCCCAGUGCGGCAAGAGCUUCACCCACUCAAGCACCCUGCUGUCCCACCAGCGCACCCACACCGGGGAGCGCCCCUACAUCUGCACCCAGUGCGGCAAGAGCUUCACCCACUCCAGCACCCUGCUGGAGCACCAGCGCACCCACACUGGGGAGCGGCCCUACACCUGCGCCCAGUGCGGCAAGGGCUUCAUCCACUCCUCUCACCUGCUGGAGCACCAGCGCACCCACACUGGGGAGCGCCCCUACACCUGCACCCAGUGCGGCAAGGGCUUCACCCACUCCAGUCACCUGCUGGAGCAUCAACACACCCACACCGGCGAGCGCCCCUACACCUGCGCCCAGUGCGGCAAGAGCUUCACCCACUCAAACACCCUGCUGUCCCACAAGCGCACCCACACCGGGGACGCCCCGUACGCCUGUGCCCAGUGCGGCAAGAGCUUCACCCACUCAAGCACCCUGCUGUCCCACCAGCGCACCCACACCGGGGAGCGCCCCUACACCUGCGCCCAGUGCGGCAAGAGCUUCACCCACUCAAACACCCUGCUGUCGCACAAGCGCACCCACACCGGGGAGCGACCCUACACCUGCACUCAGUGCGACAAGCGCUUCACCCAGUCCAGUCACCUGCUGGAGCACCAGCGCACCCACACCAAGGAGCGCCCCUACACCUGCGUCCAGUGCGGCAAGGGCUUCACCAGCUCCUCCAAGCUGCUGUCCCACCAGCGGGUGCACUCCGGC